AUGGAGGACGACGGCCCAACGCCGACUUCCGCUGCGUCUGACCAGCAGCUGGGCCACGACUCGACUUCCUCACCCGCCUCUGACCUCGCCGGCGCCGACCGAGUCUUCCCAAUUCGCUCCGUGGUCCGCGUUGAUCCGCUGUCCCACGAGGAGCUCUUUCCACACCUGGCCGACGCCGAUAAACAGGGCCCCGGCAUACCAGUACACCUCCUCACCUCUACAACCCGCACAGACUCGUGGUCCGAUGCGCGAAGAUCCGAUGCUGAGCCCAUGUCACCCACCUCACCACCCCCGCCAAGCGACAGAGCCGCCCAGAUCCGCCGAAAGAGAGCAAUGAGCGGGCCCUAUAGCAGUCUACAGGCGGACGCCGCUCGCCAUAGUUCCAUUCCGAUAGCGCUGAAUCUGGCCAUUUCGGAUAGGGAAGACGAAGAUGGGUCGGAAGCGCCUGCCGACGAGAACGCUGGGGACGGGGACGACAAGUCGUUGGAGCCGACCGACGCAUCGGUGGCAUCUGGUGACCGGUCCGUGGAGGAGGCUAUCCAUAUCGCGACGCGCUUUACACAUGUCAUAACAGACGAAGGGCAUGCCGUCAUAACGGGGAGAGACGGAGUCUUGCAGAGAUGCGAAGAUGAGCCCAUCCACAUCCCAGGCGCCAUCCAAAGCUUUGGCGUCCUGCUGGCGAUGCGUGAAGAGGCUGAAGGUCAGUUUGUUGUGCGGUAUGUUAGCGAGAACAGUAAAAGGAUCCUGGGCUAUACGCCUCAGCAACUAUUUCGACUCGAAAGCUUCCUCAACAUCCUGACCGAUGAGCAGCAAGACAACCUCCUAGACCAUAUUGACUUUAUCCGAGACGAGGAUGCCGACCCGGCUUCCAAUGGACCCGAAGUCUUUGGCUUGUCCAUCCGGGGUAAAAAGGAUAGAAAGAGCGUCAAGCUCUGGUGUGCCAUGCACAUCAAUGCCGCCCACCCUGACAUGAUUAUUUGCGAGUUUGAAAAGGACGAUGACCAAGAGUUCCCUCUUCAGCCGCCGGAAGAGAAGACCGAGCCCACCGCCGCCGACACCCUCAACGGCAAUCCCACGCUUGAGCAGAUCGAAGAGAGCACCGAAAUCCUGAGCAAACCGCUGAGGAUCUUGCGAAGCGCCAGAAAGAGGCGAGGCGACCAAGGUGCAAUGCAGGUCUUUGACAUCAUGUCCCAGGUCCAGGAGCAGCUUUCCUCGGCCCCUGAUCUCGACAUCUUCCUCAAGGUUCUCAUUGGCAUAGUCAAGGAACUCACUGGCUUUCACAGGAUCAUGAUAUACCAGUUUGACUCUUCGUGGAACGGCAAGGUCGUAGCCGAGCUCGUCGACGCUUCCAAAACCACCGAUCUGUACAAGGGACUUCAUUUCCCAGCAUCCGACAUCCCCGCCCAAGCACGCGACCUGUACAAGCUGAACAAGGUCCGCCUGCUCUACGACCGAGACCUGGAGACUGCCCGAAUCGUCUGCCGGACCAAGGAGGAUCUCGACGUACCCCUGGACAUGACCCAUGCGUAUCUGCGAGCCAUGUCCCCGAUCCACCUGAAAUACCUAGCCAACAUGGCUGUGCGGUCAUCAAUGUCAAUCUCGCUCAACGCUUUCAACGAACUCUGGGGCCUGAUGGCAUGCCAUUCGUACGGGAACCACGGCAUGCGAGUUUCUUUUCCGAUUCGCAAAAUGUGCCGCUUGGUGGGGGACACGGCUUCGAGGAACAUCGAGAGAUUGUCGUAUGCAUCCCGGCUGCAGGCCCGCAAACUCAUCAACACUGCCCCUACCGAUAAGAACCCCACCGGAUACAUCAUUGCCUCUUCCGACGAUCUGCUCAGGCUGUUCGACGCCGACUUUGGUUUGCUUUCCAUUAGGGGUGAAACAAAGAUCUUGGGCGUCAUAGAACAAAGCCAAGAAGCUUUGGCCAUGCUUGAAUACCUUCGAAUGCGUCGACUGACAUCGGUGGUAGCGUCGCAGGAUGUUAGAGAAGAUUUUCCAGAUUUGCAGUACCCUCUGGGCUUCCAGGUAAUCGCAGGACUGCUCUACGUCCCCUUGAGCGAGGGGGGUCACGAUUUCAUUGUCUUUUUCCGCAGAGGGCAGAUUAAGGAGGUUCGAUGGGCGGGGAAUCCAUACGAAAAGACGCUUCGAGAAGGAACCGUCGGUUAUCUGGAGCCUCGAGCAAGCUUCAAGACAUGGAACGAGCUGGUCGUUGGCAAAUGCCGCGAAUGGGUGGAGGAGCAGAUUGAGACCGCCGCGGUGCUCUGCUUGGUCUACGGGAAAUUCAUUGAAGUCUGGAGGGAAAAAGAGGCCGCUAUACAUAAUACUCGGCUGACGAGACUUCUGCUAGCCAACUCGGCGCACGAGGUCCGUACACCCCUCAACGCCAUCAUCAACUACCUCGAAAUCGCUCUCGAGGGUUCCCUCGACCAGGAAACUAGAGACAACCUCGCCAAGUCACAUUCAGCCUCAAAGUCGUUGAUCUAUGUUAUAAACGAUCUCUUGGACUUGACCAAGACAGAGGAAGGUCAUCAUCUGACUGUGCAGGAAACCUUUGAGUUCCUCCCAUGUGUCAACGAAGCCUUGGACCCGUUCCGCAUCGAUGCCGAGAGGAAAGGGAUCGACUAUCAGGUUACGCACCAUCCUGGGCUGCCGCGCUUUGUCAUGGGUGACACCCGGCGUCUUCGACAAGUCAUCACAAACAUCACAGCAAACGCAAUAGCGCAUACGACUUCUGGAUAUGUGAAUGUGGACGUUCUUGUCGCCGGAAUGAGGGAAGAUCGCCAAGUCCUCAUCGACAUUGUCGUUGAAGACUCGGGCAGCGGCAUGACUCCUUUGCAGAUGGACGGUCUCUUUCGUGAUCUCGAGCAAGUGGGCACCGAAGAGCUGGAGCUGCGUUCGCCGUUUGAGGAGAAGGAGAAAAGUCGGCAACAACUGAAGACCUUGGGGCUCGGUCUGGCUGUCGUUGCUCGAAUUCUCAGAAAUGCAGGCGGCCAGCUGCGAUUAAAGUCAAAAGAAGGGGAGGGUUCCCGAUUCGUGAUUGAGAUGCCGUUUCAGCUGCCCAAAGACUCGUCUGAGAUGGAAGGCGACGCCUCUACCAACGGCCUCGUCCCUUCCAGCGAAGAGAUCUCGGCGGCCAAGUCACUGCCUCUGGCGAAAGAAGAUGAGAUACUCUUGAUCAAACCCAACAAGACCAUGAGCGAUACAGCAUCUGUGGGACGGCAGAGCAUCGAAAGCCGCCACAGUGCUGUGAGUCAGGAUGGGAGCCAGAGGAGCGAUGCGGACCGCCUGAUCGACGCCAUCAAAACCCCGUUGUCUAGACACGACAAGGAACUGGAUUACUUCGCCACCGGCCAGCUGCCCACAACCGCAAGCUUCACCGGCACGAGCUUUCCUGUCACUUUGAAGGAGCCUAUCAGCCACAAGCUGACGAAGAAUCCCGUCGACGAGGACGCUGGCGCCGCCAAGGUGCGCGACUCGAGGGUACCUGUCCGCGCGAUCAAAGUUCCAGACGAAUAUAUCGACAUACCCCCUGCCGCUGUACCUACACACAACAGGACGGGGAGUGUUUCUGAAGCCGAUACAGAUGCAACAGAACCAAAACGCGCGACUGGCAUCGUCAGCGACGCUGCUGCAGACGGCAACACCGCACUGCGCGUGCUUGUCGCUGAGGAUGAUCCCAUCAACAUGAAGAUUCUCAAAAAGCGACUGGAAAGGAGUGGUAAUACAAUUCAGCAUGCCGUGAACGGACAGGAUUGUGCGGCAAGAUACAACGAUGGCUCAUCUGCGUUUGACGUCGUCCUGAUGGAUAUGCAGAUGCCGAUUGUCGAUGGACUGACUAGUACUAAGCUAAUCAGAGCAAUGGAAACAUCAUCUGAGCACAAGGGUCACUCGCCCCUGGCCUCCAGAUGUGGUCGCAUACCAAUCUUCGCCGUGUCUGCCUCUCUAGUCGAAGAGCUCAAGGACAUUUACGUCGAGGCGGGCUUCGAUGGAUGGAUCCUGAAGCCCAUUGAUUUUAAGAGACUCGCAACGCUCCUUCGCGGCAUCUACGACGACGAAACGCGCAAGUCGUGUAUAUACGUUCCUGGAGAGUGGGAAAGGGGCGGCUGGUUUACGGAGUCCUCCACAGCAAUCGCCGUGAGUGAGUGA